UGGGGAAGACCUCCCUGAUCAUGUCACUCGUCAGUGAGGAAUUCCCUGAUGAGGUUCCUCUCAGAGCUGAAGAGAUCACUAUUCCUGCUGAUGUCACACCUGAGAGAGUGCCCACUCAUAUAGUGGACUAUUCAGAAGCAGAACAGUCAGAUGAGCAGCUUUACCAAGAAAUAUCAAAGGCCAAUGUUAUAUGCAUCGUAUAUUCAGUAAACAACAAGAAAUCAAUCGAAAAGGUGACGAGUCAUUGGAUUCCCCUCAUCAAUGAAAGAACAGAUAAGGACAGCAGGUGUGUGGCGUCCUGCCAGGUUUUUAAACUUACUGUUUUUGAAAUAUGUAUUCUAUUAAAUAAGGUUAUGACACCAACAUUUUUGAUGCAAGUCAAAUGUCACAGUUCUUGAUUUCAAUUUUGA